UUGCAGUUUAAGGAUUUCGAGUCGACAUGUAGGUUCGAUAGAAAUAGGUGGUCGUCAUUCAAAAAUAGCUUAAACCAGGAACGGAAGCUUACAAAAUUUUACAAGUUUUAUUACAUGAUAGGAAAAUAACCGAAAUAAACGAAACAAGCCCGUAUACGCUAAGAAACGCUAAGAUGUCUUUCAAGAAGCUUCUAUUCGUGUGCAUGGGCAACUCCUGUAGCUCGCCCAUGGCCGAGGCCAUCAUGCAGAAUCUUAUGGUUAAGACCAGCAUCUACUGGGAGGUGGACAGCGCCGGCCUGAGGACUUGGAACACUGGACGCAGACCGGACCAGCGCUGCCUGCGAGUGCUGCGCGAGCACGGUCUGCGUUCGGAUCACUUCUGCCGACAGUUCUCUACCGAUGACUUUGAGUACUUCGAUUACGUGGUGGCCUUGGACGAGGCCGUGUUUAAGGAACUGCAGCAUUGGUCUACUGCUACCUCUAGGUCGAACUGUGAGUUGCUCCUGCUUAGUUCCUUUGGACGGGAUGGCAAGCCGGCCUUUAUUCACAACCUAACUCCAACCUCCAAGCAAAGAUUGUUCAGAGCCGCCUACUACCAGAUCAAGGAGUGUUGCAAGCAGCUCAUCCUCCUCCAAAAGGUGGACAUUGUUAAGUACGAGUUGCCCAGCUCCGAUGAGGAUGCGUACUAUGCCAACCAGACCGGGAUUGCUGAGGGUAUCCGAUCCACUGGCGGGCAAAGGACACCAUCUAAUGUGGAGCUCAACUACUCGAAGUCCACGCUAAAAACACUGCACUGUCCACCUUCUAUGACCGAGAUGAGUUGCUGCCAAGAGGAGGGGACACGACGAAAGCUGUGCCAGAAAUGUGGCCAGAAAUUCCUCGCGACGCUAUAAUUUUCAGCUGGGAAUGCUUUCAAAACCCGGACAAGCCACCACCCCAAUUUAGAUCGAUUCAGAGGCUUUUCUGAACUUGGACAUUGAUUGUUUAGCGUAUGCAACUCAGACUGAGGCUGGCAAUGAGUUUAUACCAAAAAAGAAAUAUAAAAUUUAACUUUUAUCUGGCA